GAGCUUAGUGGAAACAAUCGACAGAGAAAAUGCCUUGCUUGAACAUUUCGACGAACGUUAAUCUUGAUGGCGUCAACACAUCUGCCAUCCUCUCCGAAGCCUCCUCUCAGGUCGCCAAAAUCAUCAAGAAACCUGAGUCUUAUGUGAUGAUUGUGUUGAAGGGCUCGGUUCCAAUUUCAUUUGGAGGAACUGAGGAGCCAGCAGCUUAUGGUGAAUUGGUAUCUAUCGGUGGCCUUAGCAGUGAUGUGAACAAGAAAUUGAGUUCUGCAAUUUCAACUAUUCUUUUGUCAAAGCUAUCGGUGCCCAAGUCCCGGUUCUUCCUCAAGUUUUAUGAUGUCCAGGAUUCAGCUUAUUUUCUGAUUUUGUUGAUAGCGACUGCCGUUUUAUGGGUUUUUUCUGCCACUACUAAUGGUUUGAUGCUUGCUUUAUUUUACAGCGCUCCCACCUUGGUUGGAAUGGUUCCACCUUCUAAAUCCAGCUUCUUGCCUGAUUUGCUAUCAGACUUGACACCACGCUUUCAGACAGAUGCGCGUCUUUGGUGCUUUGCGGCUGUAGAAACCUCAUCUAAGUAG